GGCCGUGCUGUUGGAACCGUGUUACUCGCAAGCUCACGUGUCUACUUUGCCACAUUUCGGUGCCACUACUUACGUCACCGUCAGCAUGUCAGCAGUUCCAGUCGUCUCUGCUACCGGCGCAGCCUCCGCUGCGGCGCCGGCUACGCCCACGUCUUGCAAGUUCAGCCUGACUCUGGCGCGCAAAGUGCAUCGUAUCAAGAAGAUGCUGAAGCCGGUGCUGGAGAUGGUGCACAAGCACUGCCGCAAAUCGUCGAGAAGGUCGCCGUGUCCGCAAGCUUUCGAAGAGGAGGAGUCGCCAGCUGAUCAGAACGCGGCCAACGAAGCCCUGGAGCAGCGCCUGGCGGAAGAGCUUCGCGCCGGCGCCGCAGCCGCCGGCAGCGGCGCUGCCAUCGCGGUGUGGUGCGACGGCCGCGUGCGCCUGCGCCAAGUGGCGGCUACGCAGGGGCAGGUCGGAGACGUGGCGGUGCCGGCGAGUUUCCUGACCACGUCGCAGGGCGGCCUCUGCUGGGUCACGCCCGACGCCGACAUCCUCCUGCUCGACGGCAGCCACGAGUCGCAGGGACUGGCGGCCGAGCAGCAAGUGCCCGCCGCCGCGACGCUCUUGUCGACGCCGUCGUCUUCGCAAGAAACUCUCAGCGUCCACUCCUUUUAAGCGUUAAUCGACCGUGAUCCCAACAGCAGAGGAAUAACCGUCUCAGAGGAGUUCUCUGCACGACAGAAUACUUGCUCAGUUAGAAAGAUAUUUUUGAUAUAUAUAUUUUUUAAGUGUUUACGAUGAGUAUAGCAUCAAAAGAGACAUUUUUGCGACAUGAAGAUUAGAUGCAAGCGUAUAUUUCAUGUCAGUACCUACCACCAGUGCCUUUCAUAUAUGUGAUAUUUUAGGAUUAAUAAUACUACAGCUGUGAUGUCUUUCGAAGCUUUAAUUUUCUAUAGUAUUGAUUAUUGUCUUCCAAUAAUGUUAGUAUAUUUGUAUUUUUUACAAUGCCCAGCA